UUAUUUAGCGUGCAGGGCGGAAGCCGCCGGAUCGCUCGCGUGGCUGCUGCUGCCGCCCCCAUUGCCCAAUACUGCCCGAGGUUUCUUCCCUUGCCGCAGGGCCGCGCUCCGUCUGGCGCAGCCGAACGGUGCCUGGCGGCUCCCGCUUGUCCCGCGGCGCGGGGGCUGGGCAGAGCCAGGGGCGCUGCGAGGGACGGCGGCUGGCGCUAGGAGGACCCGGGAGCGGCUCGUCUCACUGCGCCCGGGGCCACCUCGCAAGCGACUGGUAGUGAAACUGUAAUCGGACAUGGCAACCAGCUUACAGCUUUAUAAGAAGAGUACAUUUCCUCCUCUUCUGAAUAUUUAUCAGCCACCACAUUGCAGGAAUGAGAAUGACAAAAACCCCAAAAAGAUGAUGAAAGAUGACAACGGGAAGAAGAGGAACAACAAAUCAUCAUUUAGUGAUGAAGACGAAGAUGCAAUGAAACGGGCCCUGCUAGAACAGCGCCAUCUUGAAAACUACAAGAAUCUAUACAGGCUGAGAAAUGCCAUGUAUGUACGUUACAGGGAUUUGUUGAACAAGAAAGUUCAAAAGCAACGAAUUCAGAUCCAAAUGUCUGAUCUCAACUUCAGACAAAAUCUUGAACAGCAAGGAAGAAAAAAGUGUAUCCCUGGACAUCAAGUGCCCUACUGCAAAUUGUCUCACGAUGCUAAGUACCUCAAGUCUAUUCCACAGUCCAGUAAUUACCUGGUGAUAGGAUUGCAGAAUGAGUUAACUAGACGUGGAAUCUUAAAGAACCAGCAAGAUUAUGAAGUCUUUUGGACACUGAUCCUAGAGGGCACUCACAGUUCACGGCUUAAAGAAAAACUUCAGGAUAUAAAAUUUAAAAUGGUUGCAGCUAAGUCUUUUCCUUCACAUCCUGUUGUGAGAACCGGUGCAGCACAGUCAGCAAAUGUCCUUCUGAACAACCGAUGUGGGCAGCUGAAAACGAGCUCAGCUUCUCUACCAGGAUCAGUGUCCUGCCAACCACCAGCUCAUCAUCCAAGUAAACUCACAAAGGCCCAAGAAGAAACUGAGCAAAUAUUUCCUAAGCUGCUGCUUUCUUGGCUUUCUGAAUUGCAGAAAAGGCCUGAAGAGCAAUCCAGAACUCAGGAGGUGAGCCAACCUUGCAAAAGGACUAGGAAGCAUUUCCACCAUGAACGACAUCUGAUUUACUUGCAUCAUAUGUAUCAUCUCGCCCUUCUUAAUAUGACAUCUUCCAAGAGACUGCUGGAGAAAAAUGGCCAGUUUGCAGUUGCUGAAAAAGAGCACAGUGUCCAUGAUCUGAUGGAAUACUUGUUUCCAAGUCAUCAUAAACAAUCUGGAAAUAGCGCCACUGAAAGAGGGAUAGAGGAAAGCACAUUUCCCAUUUUGCUAGACAGGAAACAGCAUAAGCAGUGUCACAGGGGCUUCUCCAAAACACGCAUAGUUUUUAAAGAAAUGAAAAACAAUUCAAAGGAGAAACAACAUGAAAAUAAAGGAGCUGUUGAAAUUUUGGAGGAUCAGAAAUACAAUAACAGCACCUUUGCCCCACAUGAAAUGAUCACUGUGCCUCUUACCAUGGAAGAUGUGGUUCUGAACAAUCCAGUUGUGGAAGCUAAGUCAACAGUUACCUACUGGACUAAUUAUGUGGACAAAGAAGAAUCCAUUUUCUAAAAAGGAAAAGGAUGACUAAAAUACAAACUCACAACAGCAAUAAAAUUGCAGCUUUAUGUAGAUCUUAAUGCUGUAUCCCACACAUACUGUGAUGUACCUAUAUUAUGAAAUCACUGUACUGAAUGUAAUUCAACUUUCUACAGGCCAAAAUCUUGAUCUGAAUGUUGUCAUUCACUUUAAUUAGAGCAGGAUUUGGCUCUAGAGCAGUGUUACUAUGGAAUGAUUCAAAACAAAGGAUAAAUGUGUCUUCUGAAAAUAGAUAAUUUACUGUACAAUUGGCUGAGUUCCUAAUCUUUAACUGAUCUACAGUAUUAAUUGUUAGAACUUACACCAAUGAACUAGUUGAUGCUUUUGUAGUUGCAGGUUAUACUGAUGUGAUGAAAAACAAUUUCUCAUUGAGCUCUUGCAAGCUGAGCAAUGAAAGCAAAGGAGGGAGAUUU